GCCUCUAUUCAGAGAAGGAAAAAGCCUGCUUCACAGAAAAAGCGUCGGUUUAAGACUCAUAAUGAACACUUGGCUGGAGUGCUGAAGGAUUACUCGGACAUAACCCCUGGCAAAUAGAGAACACUUUUGUCUUCAAACAAGGUUCAGACACAGUCAAGAUUUUUCUUGUUGAUGUUUGGAAUCUGAAAACUGUCUUUCCAUCUGCUGCUUAGGACUGAAGAGAGGAGCAGUUCAGUUUACAGAACAAGUGCAAAUUACCAAACUCAGAGUUUAUUUUAAUUCAGUAGGCUAUUUAAUUCAAAUACGGUAUUCCUGUUAACUCUGCUACGGUUCUGGGAGAAAGGCACUUGGUAUGGCAUGCAGGUCUCUUUGCUGUUCACCCAGUUUCUAAAUGGUUCCUGCUUCCAUGUCUCCUCCUCAUUGCUUUAUAGCAAGUUGGCAGGUAGUCUUGAAUGCAGUAUUUGUUUAUUCCAAAAGAAAAUAUUUAUAAUAAAAUCAUUUGUAAGAGGAUUUUUAAGAAA